AUGGAGCCGCCUCAGUGUGUGGAGGAGUUGGAGGAUGAUGUGUUCCAAGAGGAUGGGGAGCCCGGGACCCAGCCCGGGGGCUUGCUCUCUGCUGACCUGCUUGCCCAGAGCCAGCUGGACUGCCCACUCAGCCGGCUUCAGCUCUUCCCUCUCACCCACUGCUGUGGCCCUGGGCUUCGGCCCACCAGCCAGGAAGACAAGGCCACUCAGACUCUCAGCCCAGCCUCCCCAAGCCAGGGUGUCAUGCUGCCUUGUGGGGUGACCGAGGAACCCCAACGACUCUUUUAUGGCAAUGCUGGCUACCGGCUCCCUCUCCCGGCCAGUUUCCCAGCAGGCUUGCCACUUGGGGAGCAGGCCCCUGAAGGGCAGUGGCAACAUCGAGCAGAGCACCAGCAGAACCGAAAUCGUGCCUGGUGGCAGAUCCUCCUCUUCCUACACAACCUUGCUUUGAAUGGAGACGAGAACAGGAAUGGGGCAGGUCUCAGGUGA